AGUAAAUAACAAUUUUAUUACGUUGGUAAAUUUGAGUCUGUUGUCCAGAAAAAUCCAUGCAUGAAAAUAGCGGCUAUAAAUUUUGGAGGGAUAAAUUAAAAUGUGCUCGACUUGUAGUUGCUCCAAUGGUAGACCAAAGCGAACUUGCUUGGCGUUUAUUGAGUCGAAAGUAUGGUGCAGAAUUAUGUUAUACACCAAUGCUUCAUGCUUCAGUCUUUGUUAAGGAUUCUCGUUACAGAAAAGAGAAUCUCAUGACUGUUCCCGAAGAUAGGCCGUUGAUCAUUCAGUUUUGUGCCAAUGACCCAGACAUUUUUGUGGAGGCUUGCAAAUUGUGUGUUGGUCAUUGUGAAGCAGUUGAUUUAAAUUUGGGAUGCCCUCAAGCAAUAGCACGUCGAGGACAUUAUGGUGCAUUUCUACAGGAUGAGUGGGAUUUGCUCAAAGUGAUGGUAAACCGAGCUCAGAAAGAAGCAAACGUACCCAUUACAUGUAAGAUUCGGGUUUUUCCGGAUAUGCAGCACACCAUCAAGUAUGCACAGAUGUUGGAAGCCGCAGGAUGUCAGUUACUCACUGUCCAUGGAAGAACUCGUGAACAAAAGGGACCUUUGACUGGUUUGGCAAGUUGGGAACACAUUAAAGCUGUUAAAUCCAGUGUAAAGGUUCCAGUUUUUGCCAAUGGUAACAUUCAAAAUAUCUCUGAUGUCUCCCGAUGUUUUGAGAAAACUGGAGUUGAUGGAGUUAUGAUUGCUGAGGGAAGUCUUCAUAAUCCAGCUUUAUUCCAUGGUAUAAAUCCUACAGUUUGGGAUGUUUCUUUAGAAUAUUUAGAACUUGUAGAAAAAUAUCCCUGUCCUAUGUCAUAUGUUCGAGGGCAUAUGUUUAAGCUAUGCCAUCAUUGUCUUGUUCUUGAUGAAAAUAAAGAAGUUCGCCAAAAAUUUGCUGUUGCCAAUAGUGUUCUUGAAUUUAAAUCUGCUAUAAUGGAAUUGAAAAAUAAAUAUGAAAAAACAGUUCUGGAAGAUUGUGUUCUUAAUAAUGUAGAAAAAGUACAUCAAUGUCCUCCUUGGGUAUGUCAACCUUAUGUACGACCUCCACCUGUUGACUCAAUGGAUAAAAUCAAAAUGCUCAAGUCGGAAGAGUCUUCUGAAGCAACAUCUGUGAUCAUCCAAAAGCGUCCUCUGCAGGAUUGUUCAAUAUCUAAGAAGAAACAAAAAAAGCUACUUAAAAAUCCUGAUAAACAGUUUGGUGAAAAGAAAAAAAUAUUUGAAAUGUGUUCAAUCUGCUCAAAUCCAAAAGGAACCAAAUGUGAAUUUCAGCUUUGUAAAGCUUGUUGUAGGGAGAAAUCUUACAAUGAAAUUUUAGAUUGUACAGGUCACCGAUUUCUUUUUAAAACCAAGAAGCUAAAGGCAUCUGAAGUUGUAGAAGACCUCGUUUUUAAUGAAGACAUCAUUAUUGAAACUCAUUAAAAAUAAAAACUAUUUUAUUAUUAAAAUUAAAUUAUUUUUAAAACAGAUUUAUUUAUGGAUACUGAGAAUAGUUGUAUACUGUGCAUAGAUAAAUAUAUUGUAAAAAAACUGGCAAG